AAAGUUUGGAGGAAAUUAAUAAUAGACAUGGGGGGUGUAGUGUAGCCCCAACAACAGCACGAACUCCCCAUUCACAUCAAAAUUAUUGAUUUUCGAUUGAAGAACCCCAUAAUUCAAUUUGAAAUCAGGGAGCUCUGAAUUGGGUGUUCUUCAAGUUUAUCAUCAUCAUCAUUAUCAUCCAUUCCCCAAAACCCAAAUGGGUUCGAGCUGUAGUCGUCUGGGGUCGUCGCGCCCUUCUCGCUCCCGAGAUUACCGCACCAACCGCUCCAAAUUCUGCUCUCUUUUCUGCGGUGCUUCCUCUUCUCGCGCGAUUCAUCAGAUGGAAGAUUCUAUGGUUCAAUUUCUUGUCCACCCGGUGGAACAUCAACACUGUAAUCACAACAUUGAUGAACUUCAACUCCCCAUAAAUGGAUCUAUAAGAAUGGGACAGAGCGCUUAUUCUGAGAAUGACAUUGCAGUCAGUGAGGAGCAAUGUGCUGUAGAUGAUAUCAAUGUUCAUGGGAAGCGUGUGUAUGAUAAUAAGGAAUUAGCUCCUCUUCCACAGGUUAGUGCUGAUUAUAGCCAUGAAGAAUCUCGUAGCUAUAGUAAUGCUUCCAAUGGUACUUCAUGUAAAGGACAUCAAUCUUCCGAACCAGUCUGCACGAAGGUUAUGUUUGCGGCGAGCAGUUCGACUACUCAAGAGGUUGGAGACUCAUGUUCCAAUGAGCUGACAGGUUGCAUUCAAGAGGAUGAGGCAACAGCUUACCGGAACCCAGACUCUGAAUCGUUGCCUUGUCGUCCUGAUCUUUCAUUAACUAUUGAGUCUCUUGGAGAUGAAUCUCUGCAAGAGGUACCCUCAAGUUUAGACACUCUUGUGUCUGAUGAUAGGGAGGUGGGCCAAGGAGAUGUCGAUAUGGUCGGUGUUUCUUCCAAUGUUUUAUCUACGAGUAGCACUGAUGCAAGUAAUCUUGAGGCUAGAAGGAAUAGCAGAAGACUGUUUUGGGAUGCCUUUUCAAGGCGUAGUUUCAGAAGGCAUAGUGAGUCUCCGUUUGUUUUCCCAUCUAAUAACUUUAGUAAUACAGGAGAUCAAGACAGGUGGCUCCUUGAUAUAAGUGGCGAUUUUAUCGAUGAUGAAGCGAGUGGCGAUUCAAGACGUUUUUCCAGCAGAAUUCACGUCUUGAACGAACAACAAAGAAACUCAAGAUCUCAGGUGCAGUUAUGGGAAAGAAUUCGAAGUAGUCUCAGUGAAAACAGUCGCCAAAAUCUACCUUGCCCAUCAGGCAUUCAUCCUAAUGGUGCUUGUUCAUGCGACUCGUUCUCAAGCGUCGAACACUCGAGCACCCGUGAAAGCAUAUCGCGGAUAAUCAUGCUUGCUGAAGCACUAUUUGAGGUCUUGGAUGAAAUUCAUGGUCAGCCUGUUUCUCUUGCUCUAUCCAUGGUUUCACUCCCUGCACCAGAAUCAGUUGUUGACUCUUUUCCUUUGAAGAACCACGAAAAGAAAACUAAUGGAGGGGAUGAAAUUGAGCAAUGCUACAUUUGCCUCGCCGAUUACGAAGAGGGUGACAAAAUAAGAGUUCUUCCUUGCCGCCACGAGUAUCAUAUGUCGUGCGUCGAUAAAUGGUUGAAGGAGAUUCAUGGAGUAUGCCCACUUUGUAGAGGGGAUGUUCGUGCAGGCUCGAACGAUGAAUGUUCGAUUUCAAACUUGGAAAUUCCAGCAACAAUUUGAUGAAUUGUAUAAUCAAUGAAACUAGCGAUAAGGAAACUUUCGUAAUCCUGUUCCCUGUUAAUACUGGGGAUGAAUUGAAUCCCCAUGGUUUUGUAAGGCAUUCAUAUUGUACAGCUCUUUCAGAAGAAAUAUUUGCACAAGUUUCUAGUUUUACCCUGAGCAUAAAAGCUCGAAUGAAUAUCUGGAAAAGCCAGUUUGGU